UCCUCCUGCCUCAGCCUCCUGAGUGCUGGGAUUACAGGUGUUAUGCCACCACGCCCAGCCUUAUACAAAACAUUCUUUCCAGGUCCUGCACCACCACUAUGGAAUGUACAUUUGGCCUUGUGCUGUGGUCCUAGCCCAGUACCUCUGGUUUCAUAGAAGAGCUCUGCCGGGCAAGGCCAUUUUAGAGAUUGGAGCAGGAGUGAGCCUUCCAGGAAUCUUGGCUGCAAAAUGUGGUGCUGAAGUGAUACUGUCAGACAGUUCAGAGCUGCCUCACUGUCUAGAAAUCUGUCGGCAAAGCUGCCAGAUGAAUAACCUUCCACAGGUGGAUGUUAUAGGGCUGACUUGGGGUCACAUAUCUCAGGGUCUUUUGACUCUACCACCACAAGAUAUUAUUCUUGCAUCUGAUGUGUUCUUUGAACCAGAAGAUUUUGAAGACAUUUUAAGCACAGUGUACUUUUUGAUGCAGAAGAACCCCAAGGUUCAACUGUGGUCUACUUAUCAGGUUAGAAGUGCCGACUGGUCCCUUGAAGCUCUGCUGUACAAGUGGGAUAUGAACUGUGUCCAUAUUCCUCUGGAGUCUUUUGAUGCGGAUAAAGAAGAUAUAGCAGAAUCUGCUCUUCCAGGAAGACAUACUGUUGAAAUGCUAGUCAUCUCCUUUGGAAAGGGUCUCUGAAUUAUACCCAUAAGCUGUUAUGGACAAUGUUGAUACCAGGAUCAGACCGCUCCCAACUUCCCAGGAAAAUGAGAUAAGCUUGAAGACGGACAGAUCUGCUGGUCGUAGACUGUAUGACAAGAUGCUAAUGGGUAACAUCAACCAUACAAACAAUUAAAGCACAAUGUGAUGAGUAAGGACUUGGAUU